GUGUGCGUGAGUGUUCGGGUGUGUGGUAUGGUUCAUGUUUCUUAACUUGUGUUUUGGACUAGUUCAUCUAAGUUACUCAUAUUAGUGCGAUAAGAGUAACAAUAGCCGAAUAGGUUUGAUUUUGUUACACAUUUUAAAUGUUCAAAUAGGUCAAAGAAUUAACUUGCUCGAUACAUUUGUGUCGAUUUAUUUGUUAUUGAGUUUGAAUAUAAUAAUAUAAGUAUCCCUAAGUUAUCAUAGCUGAAGUGGCUCAUUAAAAUGUUCAGUUCUUUAAAAUUCGGUGGACAACAAAUUUGUCAACUUGUCAAGACAAGUGACCGUUGUGUUUAUUCCAUUGCAUCUUUACACUCAAACAAUUUUCAUUUCAAUGCUCAUAGAACAACUACCGAGAAAAGUUUACCUCGUCGACUAAACCUUUAUAAAUCAGGAGAUUCGGUUUUAAAAGAAAACCUUUCAUCUUCUUUGUUAAGAAGGCAUUCAACAAAUGGCCGCAAUGGGAACCUAGCGUCAGUGACUCCAGCUGCCAUAGGUAAAGCUGUCAGUAAAGAUGAGCGCCGGGAGUUCAUGGCAGUGUUUCCUGACAUAGUGAGAGACUUGACGGAAACUCACCGUCAGACUGAAAUUCCUGAUGUCACAAAAUGGUAUUCAAAGGUAUUGCAGUACAAUGUGCCUGGUGGGAAGAAGAAUAGAGGUCUAGCCCUGAUACUGGCCUAUCGUAUGUUGGCACCACAGUCUGCUCAGACACCAGAGAAGAUCAGGGAGGCGCAAAUCAUGGGCUGGUGCAUUGAAAUGUUGCAGGCCUUUUUCCUAGUCUUGGACGACAUGAUUGAUGGCUCCGAGACUAGACGAGGUAGAAUCUGCUGGUACCGCAACCCCAGCGUUGGCCUCAAUGCAGCAAAUGAUGGCAUAUUUAUAGAAUCUGGAAUAUACCAACUGCUACGAAGAUACUUUGUCGAUAAACCGUAUUACUUUCAAGCCAUUGAUCUAUUCCAUGAUGCGACCCACAAAACAAUAAUGGGUCAAGCCCUAGACCUACUGACGGCACAGAGCAUUGCCAAAUAUAAACUGGACAAGUUCACUAUGGAUCGGUACAACUCCAUCGUCAAGUACAAGACCUCCUACUACUCCUUCCAUCUGCCCGUCGCUCUGGCCAUGUACAUGGCUGGUAUAAGUAAUGCAGAACAACACAGGCAAGCAAAGAUCUUACUGCUAGAGAUGGGAAACUUCUUCCAAGUUCAGGAUGAUUAUAUGGAUUGUUUUGGAGACCCAGCGGUGACAGGGAAGAUCGGGACUGACAUCCAAGAUGGCAAGUGCUCUUGGUUAGCUGUUGUGGCGCUACAGAGAUGUACUCCAGACCAGAGGAAAAUCUUAGAGGAAUGCUACGGAUCCCACGACCCCGAGAAGGUAGAUGCUGUAAGGAAUGUGUACAACCAGAUAAAUCUACCCCACAUCUUCACAACGUACGAGGAGGACAGCUACAAUCUGAUACAGACACACAUUCAGCAGAUGUCUGGCGGCCUUAACCUCAAUCUCUUCUUCAAACUGUUAGACAAGAUAUAUAAGAGGGACAACUAACUUCUUGCAGCACCAUCAUUGUAUAUAUUAGAGUUAUGUGUAAUAACCAUACCGUUACGAAUUUUAAAAGUGCAAUUCAAUUGAAUACCUACGUGUCUUUGACUUAAAUUGGCUUUUGGGCGUCCUAGUAUUAUUUUGUUGGUAGAAAUAAUAGUAAGUGAGUAUUGUCAAGUUCUUUUAAAUAAAAAAAAUUUAUUCCCCUCAAAAAUAAAUUGGCUGAUGCCAUUGCAUUUAAUUUACAUUUGGACAAUAAACCAAGGCGAACAAAGGAUAGACCAACUAAACUUAGUGAAAGUUUAAUGUGCCUUUUGCGACUGUGAAAAUGCAUUUACCGACUACCUCAAACUUGAGAAAACGUAGACUGAAUUUUCAUUCCGCUAAAAUACUUGAUUACAAGUUUUUACAGUAGAUUCAAUAAAGUGUGCUUUUUAGCUUUAAAAAUAAAUAUUAUUAUACUGUCAGCGUCAAAACUGGAAAAGCAUGCAUUUAUCCCCUUUAAUUUUAAAAAUGUAUAUUUAAAAUCACGCUUUUUAUAUUGUAUAAUUUGUAUUGUGCACUUCUAAGGUUUAUUCUUAUGAUUAAAGGUUUUUUGUUCAAAAAAUGGUAAUGAAAUAAUCUUGUCAAUUUAUUUUAGGCUUGUGAGGUUGGAUCGCGUAUGUGUAAACUAUGGAUAAUAAUAAUUUAUCACAUUAAUUUUGAUUUUAAAAAGAUAUUUUUAUAAAAAAUCCAACAUAUAAAAACCUACAAGUACUUAAUUUUGAUUUGUAACUGUUUUGAAGAAAAUGGUUGACAUUAAACAUUUUGAAAACAUGGCAUCAGAUUGUUGGGAGCAAAUCAGUUAUUGAUGGUUAUCUGAUAACUGAGUCAAUAAAUUAUUCAAGGUCCCCCUAAAUCAGUCAAUGAGAUGUACGACAACUGGUUUGACAAAAUCAAUCAACUCAAUCUCAACAGCUACUCCACAUGGUGUCUUGUAGAUUCAGCUAAAACUGAUUAAAAAAUGUAAUCUUUGUUUGUAGAUUUACUUUAAAGAAUCGUCUGAUAUAGUUUCAAAAAAACUAUUGUAGUUUUUUUCUAAAAGAAAAAAAAACAAUGUUGGUUAUAAUUUAAGACUGAAUAUUUUUAAUUAUUCAUUUGAUUUCUAUUCCAUUGCAAUAAAAUGUUCAGGAUGUAAAUGGCUUUAUUUUGAUUUUGAUUUUUCAAGCUUUAAUACACAGUUGACAUUUUGUUCAACAAAUCUCACUGGUACUGUUGUAAAACAUUGAUUGUUCAAAUGCAACUGAUAUUUGUUGCUUUGUAAGCAACUUCUACUAAAGCACUAUAUCAAAGUUUGGCAACGAUUUCUUGGCUUUAUAGAUUCUUAGCAAUAUUUAUAUAUUUAUUUAUGUUUAAGUUGACAUGUUAUUUAUUUGAACACUGAGUGGCAGAUAAUGUGACUAAUAAUGUGUUCAGAAUGUAAUUGGGAACUCUGUAUUUUCAUUUCUUUGUGUGUAAAAUUAAACUGCUGUCUAAGACUGUUGAUUUCAUUUCUUGGAAAAAAAUACUAAAAGUUUGUGUUACAAAGCGUUGUAAUUGUAACUAUAGAUGUCAGUUAUGAGUUGUAGAGAGUAUUGGGUCGAUCUGUAACAAAGUAAUAGUAAUACCCGGUAAAUGUUUGCUUAUUUUGCAGAUUAAUAUAGAUUUGUUGUUAUUUCUUCAUAUUGUAUUCUUAUAGCCUAUAAUUACAUUACAUAAGCUAGUCCUCUGUAACAGAAUAUAGUCAUGCACUGUUUGUAGUUUAAAAAAUAGCUUUUUCUAUUUUGUAGCUAAUAGAAAUGUAUUGUUUCAAAUUAAAUAUUUAUAUAUUGUAA